CUUGAAGGUAGUGACAAUUCAUUAGAGGGAGUAUUCUAAUAAUCUGAAAAUAUUCGAAUUUCGAUGAAUUUUUAAACGUACAAACCAAACAUUCAGACUUAUAAGUUAUGAUGUCUGCUGCUGGGACACCCUCAACAGAUCCAUGGGUGAUUCUAGCUAGAGAAAGAGCUAGAUACGAAGAGCAGUUUAAAUCAUUGAAACCCAACAAUGGUAUCAUCACCGGAGAACAAGCUAAAUCGUUUUUCUUACAAUCCCAGCUACCACCCAUCAUAUUGGGUCAGAUAUGGGCACUAGCAGAUACUGAUGCAGAUGGAAAAAUGAACAUAGAAGAAUUUUCAAUAGCAUGUAAGCUUAUUAAUUUAAAAUUACGCGGUUUUGACGUUCCCAAAGGACUUCCCCCGUCUCUUCUAGCUUCCCUUAAGGGUAAUACACCUCCUGCUAUUCCUCCAUUACCAAAUACAAACCUUGUUCAUCCUCCAACUAGACCUGAACCUCCUAAAAUCCCCCCUAUGCUGACGACACAACCGGUUGUACCACCACAACAACCGUUAUUACCGAAUCUAAUUGGACCAACGUCAAGCAAUAUUCAGGGAAGUGGGAUUCAAACAGGAGUGAUCCCACCUAUGUCUAAUUUUACUACAACUAUUCCUACAGGAAUUGUUCCACCUAUGCAGUCAACUACACCUCUAGUUCAACCGCUUAUUGAUUCAGUACCACCAAUGCCUUCCGCAGUUCCUCUAGUUUCUGGAAUACCUCUUUCUUCAUCUACUGUUCAACCUAUAAUGCCCAAUACUGCUUUAGGAUCAGUUCCAAUGAUACCUCCAGUACCGGUUAAUACUGUUGCACCAUUAACAGGUCCCGGUAUAUCACCUGGACAAUCGGUAGGAGUUGUUAGUAGACCAGGGGCUACUAGUACACCUAGAGCUAGUGUUACCAGUUUGGAAAGGACGCAUUCAAUUGAAUCUGUAUCAAGUCAACCAGAAUGGUCGGUUCCUCAUCAAACAAAGUUGAAAUACACACAAAUAUUUAAUACGACCGAUAGGACACGUAGUGGAUUCUUGUCAGGAGCUCAAGCUAGAAAUGUUAUGGUACAAACGAAAUUGCCACAAAAUAUUUUAGCGCAGAUUUGGGCUUUGUCUGAUAUGGAUUCAGAUGGUCGUUUAGGUUGCGAAGAAUUCGUUUUAGCUAUGCAUUUAUGUGAACAAGCUUCUUUAGGACAUCCUCCUCCAACGAAAUUACCACCGGAUCUUGUACCGCCUUCGUUUAGAAGAACUAGAACUACUUCGGUUUCUAGUCAAGGUAGUGGUGCUCCGGUAGAUCAAGAUCCGGCGUCAACUUUAUUACAACAGAAUUCGUUUGAAGAUAAGCGUAAAGAGAAUUUUGAAAAAGGUCAAGCGGAAUUAGAACGCCGACGAAAAACGUUGUUAGAUCAACAAAGACAAGAAAGAGAGGAGAGGGAAAGGAAAGAAAGGGAGGAGCAAGAGAAGAGGGAGAGAGCUAGACAAGAAGCCGAAAGGAAACGAUUGGAAGAAUUGGAAAAGCAAAUGAGGGAACAACAAGAAAAAGAACGACUAAUAGAAGAAGAAAAAAAGAGACAAGCCGAGCAAAGGGAGGCUGCUAGAAAGGAAAUGGAACGGCAGAGACAAUUAGAAUGGGAAAAACAAAGAUUACAAGAAUUACAGAAUCAAAGACAAAGAGAACAAGAGACUGUACUCAAAUUGAAAGCUAAAAAUCAGAGUCUCACUAUAGAAUUGAAUACAUUGAACGAACAAGUUAGAGAACUGUCUCAAAAAAUAUGUGAUACCAGAAUGGGUGUAUCGAACGUUAAAACGACCAUCGACGGAAUGAGAUCUACAAGAGAUUCGCAAAUGCAAGAAAUGUCUCAACUCAAAAGCAAACUCAAAGAACAAAACUCCAAAUUAUUAGCGCUAUCUCAAGAAAAGAUCAAACUUGAAGCUAAAAAUAAAGUGAACACACUAGAUUCGGAGCAAACGAAGCGAGCCUUCGAAAAUAAAGAAGUUACCAUUAAAAAUCUCAAAACAAAGGUCGAGGAUAUGGAAGGGGAAAUAGAGGGUAAAAUGGCUGACAUAGAAAACAACAACAGCCAAUUGAAGGACCUGAAAACCGAUCUGAAGAAUUUAUUGAACGAAUGCGAACAACUUUACACCGUAUACGAAGUAAAGAGAAAUACGGUUUUAGAAAUGAAAAAUUCCAAUAAAAUCAACGAAUUAGACGCUUGGAAAACAAGUGAUUCAUGGGGACCCAACGUUGAUGAAGCUACAUCGGAAUGGCCGACAGAUAAUUGGAGUACGUCUACUGAUAUGUCGAAUUUACCAGGGGUUGUUAAAUACAGAGCGUUGUAUGAAUUCGUGGCGAGGAAUAACGACGAAAUUUCCUUUCAACCCGGAGAUAUUAUAAACGUGCCGAAGGAACAAACAGGGGAACCGGGAUGGUUAGCUGGGGAAAUCAGAGGACAUACCGGUUGGUUUCCUGAAGCUUACGUCGAACCGAUUGAUGGUAUCGGCGUAAAAGACGAUUUCGGUUCGAAUCAAUCGGCCGGUCUCGAAGAAACUGAAGCUAAACGUUUGGAAGGGAUAGCCGAAGUUCCCGAAGGAUCCGAUACGACUAAUUCGUUCGAACCAACCCCCGGUGUUACGCAGAUAGAAACCCAACCGGUUGUGGUGGAUCAGAAAGUUUCUGAAGAUGAAAUCGAGUAUUACAUUGCUAAUUAUCCGUAUCAAUCACAAGAACCAGGUGAUUUAACAUUCAACGCUGGUGAAAUGAUAGCAGUAAUUAAAAAAGAAGGCGAUUGGUGGACGGGAAAACUUGGAGACGCGAUCGGCAUUUUCCCGAGUAAUUACGUACAAAAAGUCGACGUGAAUUCGACCGCCGCCGCUGCACCAACGGAUACGAUCGUGCAGGAACCGGCGCCUUCUCAACCGCCUCCGGUGCUUUCGACGGCGCUAUCCGCCGAAGCGGUAAAAACAGCUUUGGCUAGCGUCAAUGCACAAGCGCAAGCCGAUAACGAAGUAUCACAAUUAACGAACAAAACUAAAGAAGAAUCUCCAGUACAGAUUAAUUCGCAGGUUUCCAAAAAUAAAAAACCGGAAAUAGCGUCGGUUAUAGCGCCUUAUCAAUCGACCAGUCCGGAGCAAUUGUCUUUAGCUAGGGGUCAGUUGAUAAUGAUAAGGAAAAAAACCGAUUCCGGUUGGUGGGAAGGGGAAUUGCAGGCGAAAGGUCGGAAAAGGCAGGUCGGUUGGUUUCCGGCUAGUUACGUUAAAGUUUUGAAUAGUUCCGGAAGGAUAAGCGGUCGGACGACUCCGGUGUCUACUACACGUAUGCAACAGGAAGUUGUUAUAGAUAAAGUGAUCGCUUUGUAUCCGUAUACAGCUGGCAAUCCUGACGAAUUGACUUUUGCUAAAGACGAUAUUAUUAGUGUAACGGCUAGAGAAGAAGAGGCUUGGUGGAGGGGUGAACUUAACGGCGUUUCUGGAUUGUUCCCCAGUAACUACGUCGCUCCUUUACAAUCUCCCCAAGUACAGCCCGGAAUAAAUAAGAAACGUCGGGAAUGUGUCAACGAAUUUAUACAAACCGAAAAAACAUACAUCCACGAUAUGUCGCUAGUCCACGAAGUUUUCGAAGAACCUCUGAGAAAAUGCAAAUUGAUAUCUCCCAAAGAAAUCGAUGAUAUUUUCGUCAAUUGGCAAGAUAUAAUCGAUUGUAACAAAUCUUUUUUGAGAGAUUUAUUAAACGCGAAUAAAUCUGGUAGCGAUAUGAUCGGACAUAUUAUUUGCAAACACCUACCGGAAAUGAAAGCUUACGUAACUUUUUGCGGUAAACAAUUGGAUAGUGCAGCUCUUUUACAAAAAUUGACCGAAAAUUCGACGGCGUUUAGGGAACAAGUAAAAAAAUGUCAAAAUAACGUAGCAACAAAAGGGAUGCCCUUAUCUUCUUUUUUAAUAAAACCAAUGCAGAGGAUUACUAGGUAUCCUCUUCUAAUUAAUAAAAUAUUAGAAAACACCCCUAAAAAUCACCCAGAUUACAAAAAUCUUCGACAAUCUUUGAAAAUAUCCGAAAGUUUUUUGAAUAGCAUCAACGAAAACGUCAGGUUAAAAGAAAACGAGGACAGGUUAAAUUGGUUGCAACAAUGUGUUCAGAACGAUUUGAAUUUGGUAUUCGAUAGCGAAACUAAUAAAUUGGGGCCACGUCAAUUAUUACAUUACGGCGUUUUCAAUAAAUUGAAGAGCAACAAGGAGUUGCUCGGUUUUUUGUUCAACGAUUUUUUCAUGUUUGUACAGGCUACGAAAAGUUUGGGGGGCCAAUUUACUUUUCAGAUUAACGGAAAUGUCUCCUAUAAAAUUUAUAAGCAGCCAAUUUUAAUGCAGCAUUUAUUAGCAACUAGAGAAAGUGGUGAAAAUAUGGAAAACGGUACCGAUUCCAAUAGAAUUUUGAAUAUACACGACGAAAAAAAUACUUAUAAGAUAUCGCUUCUGGUUCAUUCGGUGAGCGAAUGCAAUUUUUGGAUGAAAAAAAUCGAAAAUGCGAAAGAAACGUGCUUGAAAAUGUUCAAUUUGAAUUUGCAAAAUAAAAGAAAAACACUACCUUAUAGUCGGAGAAUAUUAUCGGUGACGGUACUCGAAGCUUACGAAUUGAUCUUAAAGAAAAGCGACGAAAACGGCGGCAUUUUUAAUUAUUGGAAAGGUAUUUUCGACUGAAACUAUCGGAUUGUAUGAAAUACGAAAAUAUAUUCAUAAAAUGCGAUAUUUCUUUCAUAAAAACUGUAAUUGUCAAAAAAAUCUACAAAAUAAAGACAUUUAGACAAGAGACACCUGGUUAGACAUCCAACAGACAAAGAUAACAGACGGUUAGACAAGAAACAGACAUUUAGACAAGUAAUAGCUGAUUAGAUUUGAAACAGACAAAGAUAACAGACAUUUAGACUUGAAACAGACGGUUAGACAUUCAACAGACAAAGAUAACAGCGGUUAGACUUGAAACAGUCCGUUAGACAUCUAAUAGACAAAGAUAACAGACGGUUAGACAUUCAACAGACAAAGAUAACAGCGGUUAGACUUGAAACAGCCGGUUAGACAUCUAAUAGACAAAGGUAACAGACGGUUAGACAACAAACAGACAAAGAUAAGAGACAUUUGGACUUAAAACACCUGGUUAAACAUUCAACAGACAAAGAUAACAGCGGUUAGACUUGAAACAGACAAAGAUAACAGACAUUUAGACUUGAAACAGACGGUUAGAAAUUCAACAGACAAAGAUAACAGCGGUUAGACUUGAAACAGUCCGUUAGACAUCUAAUAGACAAAGAUAACAGACGGUUAGACAAGAAACAGACAUUUAGACAAGUAAUAGCUGAUUAGAUUUGAAACAGACAAAGAUAACAGACAUUUAGACUUGAAACAGACGGUUAGACAUUCAACAGACAAAGAUAACAGCGGUUAGACUUGAAACAGUCCGUUAGACAUCUAAUAGACAAAGAUAACAGACGGUUAGACAUUCAACAGACAAAGAUAACAGCGGUUAGACUUGAAACAGCCGGUUAGACAUCUAAUAGACAAAGGUAACAGACGGUUAGACUUGAAACAGACAAAGAUAACAGACAUUUAGACUUGAAACAGACGGUUAGACAUUCAACAGACAAAGAUAACAGCGGUUAGACUUGAAACAGCCGGUUAGACAUCUAAUAGACAAAGGUAACAGACGGUUAGACAUCAAACAGACAAAGAUAACAGACAUUUAGACUUGAAACAGACGGUUAGACAUUCAACAGACAAAGAUAACAGCGGUUAGACUUGAAACAGUCCGUUAGACAUCUAAUAGACAAAGAUAACAGACGGUUAGACAACAAACAAAGAUAACAGACAUUUAGACAAGAAACAGCUGGUUAGACAUCCAACAGACAAAGAUAACAGCGGUUAGACUUUAAACAGUCCGUUAGACAUCUAAUAGACAAAGAUAACAGACGGUUAGACAAGAAACAGACAUUUAGACAAGUAAUAGCUGAUUAGAUUUGAAACAGACAAAGAUAACAGACAUUUAGACUUGAAACAGACGGUUAGACAUUCAACAGACAAAGAUAACAGCGGUUAGACUUGAAACAGCCGGUUAGACAUCUAAUAGACAAAGGUAACAGACGGUUAGACAUCAAACAGACAAAGAUAACAGACAUUUAGACUUGAAACAGACGGUUAGACAUUCAACAGACGAAGAUAACAGCGGUUAGACUUGAAACAGUCCGUUAGACAUCUAAUAGACAAAGAUAACAGACGGUUAGACAACAAACAAAGAUAACAGACAUUUAGACAAGAAACAGCUGAUUAGACAUCCAACAGACAAAGAUAACAGCGGUUAGACUUGAAACAGACAAAGAUAACAGACAUUUAGACUUGAAACAGACGGUUAGACAUUCAACAGACAAAGAUAACAGCGGUUAGACUUGAAACAGUCCGUUAGACAUCUAAUAGACAAAGAUAACAGACGGUUAGACAACAAACAAAGAUAACAGACAUUUAGACAAGAAACAGCUGGUUAGACAUUCAACAGACAAAGAUAACAGCGGUUAGACUUGAAACAGUCCGUUAGACAUCUAAUAGACAAAGAUAACAGACGGUUAGACAAGAAACAGACAUUUAGACAAGUAAUAGCUGAUUAGAUUUGAAACAGACAAAGAUAACAGACAUUUAGACUUGAAACAGACGGUUAGACAUUCAACAGACAAAGAUAACAGCGGUUAGACUUGAAACAGCCGGUUAGACAUCUAAUAGACAAAGGUAACAGACGGUUAGACAUCAAACAGACAAAGAUAACAGACAUUUAGACUUGAAACAGACGGUUAGACAUUCAACAGACGAAGAUAACAGCGGUUAGACUUGAAACAGUCCGUUAGACAUCUAAUAGACAAAGAUAACAGACGGUUAGACAACAAACAAAGAUAACAGACAUUUAGACAAGAAACAGCUGAUUAGACAUCCAACAGACAAAGAUAACAGCGGUUAGACUUGAAACAGACAAAGAUAACAGACAUUUAGACUUGAAACAGACGGUUAGACAUUCAACAGACAAAGAUAACAGCGGUUAGACUUGAAACAGUCCGUUAGACAUCUAAUAGACAAAGAUAACAGACGGUUAGACAACAAACAAAGAUAACAGACAUUUAGACAAGAAACAGCUGGUUAGACAUUCAACAGACAAAGAUAACAGCGGUUAGACUUGAAACAGUCCGUUAGACAUCUAAUAGACAAAGAUAACAGACGGUUAGACAAGAAACAGCUGAUUAGAUUUGAAACAGACAAAGAUAACAGACAUUUAAACUUGAAACAGACGGUUAGACAUUCAACAGACAAAGAUAACAGCGGUUAGACUUGAAACAGUCGGUUAGACAUCUAAUAGACAAAGGUAACAGACGGUUAGUCAUCAAACAGACAAAGAUAACAGACAUUUAGACAAGAAACAGCUGGUUAGACAUCCGACAGACAAAGAUAACAGACAUUUAGACUUGAAACAGACGGUUAGACAUUCAACAGACAAAGAUAACAGCGGUUAGACUUGAAACAGUCCGUUAGACAUCUAAUAGACGGUUAGACAACAAACAGACAUUUAGACAAGAAAUAGCUGGUUAGACUUGAAACAGACGGUUAGACAUCUAAUAGACAAAAAAAUAGUAGAAAAACUGAUUUUUUGUCGUUUUUUCUUUGAUUAAAGGUAAAACCCAUACGGAUAACAUCUAUUGCAAGGUGUUGUUGGGUACCCAAGAACAGGAAACUGACGUGGCCAAAGAAAAUAUAAAUAACGGCAAUAACAUACAAAACGGCGCCCCCCACAUUCCGGCUUUGGUGUGGA